AUGAUUAGAAGACAAGCCCGGCAGAGGAGAGAUUAUCUCCACCGCCGCGCCCUCACUCUCCGCGAAGCAGAGACUGCUGAGAAGCGUGCAAAGCUCAAAGCCUCUCUGGCGACUGGAAAGCCUCUGGACCCUGCCAUUGCCAACGAUAAGACUUUACGUGAAGACUACAAGUUUGACGAAAGCGCCGAAGCCCACAAUGACAUCGAUGAUGAAUACGCCCAUCUGUCUGGCAUCACAGAUCCCCGACCCCUGGUCACAACCUCACGCUCACCCUCCACUCGACUAUCUGCCUUUGCUAAAGAGAUUCGGCUUCUACUUCCUACCUCCAUUCGUCUCAACAGAGGUACCCUCAUUCUGCCCAAUCUCGUCUCUAGCGCCAAUGCCUCUUCCUUGACGGACCUACUUCUUCUCCACGAACACCGCGGCGUGCCCACAGCCCUGACAAUUUCUCAUCUGCCUCACGGCCCCACGGCGUCUUUUUCGCUACAUAACGUCUUCCUGCGUCACGACCUCCCCAACGCUUCAAAGGGCACAGUCAGCGAAUCCUACCCGCACCUCAUCUUCGAAAAUUUCAAUAGUCCUCUUGGUAAACGAGUGGCGCAGAUACUGAAGCACCUUUUCCCGCCCCGAGAUGCUGCAACUACCAAUCAGAAGGUGGGCAACCGAGUGGUGACAUUCAAAAACAUCGAGGACAGUAUAGAAGUAAGACAUCACGUCUUCGUGCGGACAGGAUAUCAAAGUGUCGAAUUGGCGGAGGUGGGCCCUCGAAUGACGAUGCGACUGUUUGAGAUUAGGGGAGGGACAUUGGAGAGCAAGAGCGGGGACACGGAAUGGCACAUGAAUCAGUAUACAAGGACGAGUAGAAAGAAAGAUUACUUAUGA